GGUAGAUUAUUUAUCUGUUACAGAUAAAAGCAUCAUGCCAGCUGAUCAAGUGAAAGCGCCCAAGAAGGGCUCCAAGAAAGCCGUCUCAAAGGCCACCAAGAGCGGCAAGAAGAGGAGAAGGACAAGGAAGGAGAGCUAUGCCAUCUACGUGUACAAGGUCCUCAAGCAGGUCCACCCCGAUACCGGUAUCUCAUCCAAGGCUAUGGGGAUCAUGAACUCCUUCGUGAGCGACAUCUUUGAGCGUAUCGCCGGUGAGGCCUCCCGUCUGGCUCACUACAACAAGCGCUCCACCAUCACCUCCAGGGAGAUCCAGACUGCCGUCCGCCUGCUCCUUCCCGGUGAGCUGGCUAAGCACGCCGUGUCUGAGGGCACCAAGGCUGUCACAAAGUACACCAGCUCAAAGUAAACCUCAUGACAACCACCAUCAACCCAAAGGUCCUUUUCAGGACCACACACUCCAUCAACUAAGAGCGAU